GUGGAAGAGAAGAGACGCGUCGCUCUGCUCCUCUGACUGCGUCUCACGUGGUAUUCGCUUGCGUUGCGUGUCGACUGUCCAAGAAUUAUUUCUUUAAUAUACGAUACUUUUUUUGUUAAAAAAUAUAAAAGAGGAAUGCAAGACGACGGUGCUUAAUUAUAUAACAUUAUGUCACGAAUCGACUUUGGAUAUUAGUGAAGAUUAAAAGAAGGGGGGAAGGGAAAGGAGAGAGAGAAAAAAAAUACUCAUUAAUUUAAUUUCUCGCGCGUAAAUGAUGGAGAAAGAGGCAGAGUGAAGGAAUGGGGAGAUGCACAGUCUUACAUCCUUUUCUCGGUGACUGAAUGUCCGGUCGACAAAAACAACAACAACAACAACAACAACAAACGGCAGAGACACAGGACUGACGAUGGGCGUGUGGGCGUUGCGGUCAGCGAGGGCGGUGCUGUCCGUGCUGACCUGCGCCUCCGUUCUCUCGCUGCUGCUGUCUCUCCACCUCACGCUACUGCAGGAUCGGUCCGCCCCUCUCUCAGCGCACCCCAGGGCAGGACGACCUUCCGGAGAUCCUGCAGGGACGUCUGGAGGAGGCGCCGACCCCAGAAAGCGCGGCAUCUUGGCGAGGGAAGCUGCAUCUGUCCUCCUGCCCCGCCCUGCGCAUCACGACCCUCCUCUCUUGGCGAUGCUGCGGCAGAUCGAAGCUGGGUACCUUCAGGAAGUCCGAGAGGCGGCGCCCUUGGUGUUAAUCAGAGGCCAGAAGCUUUUAGUCUCCAGGGAUCUGCCGGCCUAUAAUUUCGCCCUUGCGCCAGAUCACGAAGAAGGAAGAGGAGAAAAAGGAGGAGGAAAGGAGGAAGGAGGAGGGAGAGGAAGAGAGAAAGGAGAGAGAGAAGGAGGAGGAGGAGGUGUCUCCCAAGGCCAUAAAACUCCUUCUUCUUCUUCUUCGACUUUCUCGUCUUCUUCUUCUUCUUCUUCUUCCUCUUCCUCCUCCUCCGCCUCUUCUUCUUCUUCCUCGUCCUUACGCCUCCUAGACACCACGGUCGAGCACGUCAGAAUGGUGGCAGUCAACGGGUCGGUGUACUAUGCAUUAGAAGCUCCCUAA